ACUGUACGGCGUGCGGUUGACCGUUUUUUGGGGAUGCGCGGUCGGAGGCAGUGCAUGACAAGGACCUUGCAACGCUGUAUGGCCGGACCAAGUGAGAAGCCAAGACAUCUCACAAAAGCAUUGCCGGACUCAUUUACUCGUGUCAUUGCAACAAACUAAACUAACGCUAACGGACAAGAAGUCUACAACAACAACAUGUCAUCGGAUGGUCCCUACGGACGACAUGGCUUCAAUGCCAAUCCCAGCGGCUACGGCGGCAACAGCUACUCGCAACCGCCCGCUGGUGGGUAUGCUGCACCUAGUUACGGCGGAGCACCUGGCCAAGGAUAUGGCGGCUCCUACACGGCUCCAGCACCUGCAUCAGGAGGUUCCUAUGGUGGUGUUGGCAGCUACGAUAUGGGUAUGGGAGACAAAUCAGAUGAAGACAAAGCAAAGUCAGGAAAGAAAAGUCUCGCCUUGGAGUCCCUCAACAACAAUGUCUUGAUCUGGGCUGGUUUCUUUACAAUGUCUCUCAUGGUUUACUUCAUGUUGUCUGGAGGUGAUUUCUCCUUCCUCAUGACUUACGGUGCCAUGGCGCGUAUGUUUGGAUUCGGCAUUUUGAAUGUAAAGACCUUCAAGAGCCACCGCGCCACUGGAGUAUCCAUCAAAACCCUGCAAUUGUACUGUCUUGUAUUUUUCUUUCGGCUGACAUCCAUUAUCCGACACGAGGGGUAUUUGCCAUACGACAAAUCUGGUGAUUGGCUUUAUCAUUUGAUCGAAAUCAUGGCGUUGUUUUUCACGGCCAGUGCCUUGUAUGGCUGCUUGAUCCCAUUCAAAUCCACGUAUCAGGCGGAUCUCGAUACCUUUGGGGAAAUGAAUGUCCCUCCUGGUUUUGGCGCCGUCUAUUUGGCUGUCCCCAUUGGAAUCAUUGCAAUCUUCAUCCACCCCAACCUCAACUCGGAUUUCUUGAGUGACACGGCAUGGACUUAUGCCAUUUAUCUGGAAUCUGCAGCGCUUGUCCCUCAGCUAUACAUGUUCCAGAAGCAGGCGUCGGGUGUGGUCGAACUCCUGACCGCUCACUUUGUGGCCGCGCUGGGUUUUGGUCGCUGCAUGGAAUUCUUCUUCUGGAUUUACAGCUACCAUGAGCUUGCCAACAGUGCCGGUUCCAAGCUUCCUGGAUAUUUGGCCCUCAUUGCACAGUUUGUCCAACUGGUUCUCAUGGUGGAUUUCUUCUGGUAUUAUUACAUUGCUGUAAAAAAUGCGACACCUCUGGUCCUUCCACAGCACACAGGAAUGGGAAUUGUCUAAUUACAAAAAGAAGGCCGAAGUUGCCGACGUUUUGCAGUUCCUGCCUUUUUCUUUUUGAGGCUGUUCGCUAGCUAGUGGUAAAGUCUGAAGAAUAAUCCUUUAAUACGAAUAGAUUUACAUCC